GCGCAACUGACGUGCGGCGGCGUUUCCGGGAAGAUGGCGACGGUGGAAGUGGCAACGGAGCUGGGAACUGUGGUGACCGCUGUCGAGCCUAAGGCGAAGGACGAGGAAGAAGAAGAAGAGGAGGAGGAGGAGGAGUCGCUGCCACCAUGCGAGACUGUGCGCUGGGCUCCCGUGGGGGCAGUGGCCGAGGCCGGUCCUGGGGCGGUGACGUUCUCCGAGGCGGCGACCGCCGAAGAGCCUGGAGCGGCUCCGGGCUCUCCUGCCGACGCGACUGUCCGCACGCUGCGGCGGCUGCAAGCCGAGCGGCGGCAGCUGGAUUCGGCCCUGCUCGCGCUGUCCUCGCACUUCGCGCAGGUGCAGUUCCGCCUGCGCCAGGUAGUGCGCGGGGCGCCGGCGGAGCAGCAGCGGCUCCUGCGCGAGCUGGAAGACUUUGCCUUCCGCGGCUGUCCUCACGUCCUAGGUUACGAGGGGCUGGAAGACCCUUGUGGCAGUGACGAAAGCGACGUGCUGCCGGGGGACCGGCCACGGGUUCGGGGUGAGGACCAGAGUGAACAGGAAAAACGGGAGCGCCUGGAAACCCAGAGGGAGAAGCAGAAAGAAUUGAUUCUGCAGCUCAAGACCCAGCUUGACGACCUAGAGACAUUCGCCUAUCAGGAGGGUAGUUAUGACUCCUUGCCACAGUCAGUGGUCUUGGAAAGACAGCGGGUGAUCAUCGAUGAGUUAAUAAAGAAACUGGACAUGAACCUGAAUGAGGACAUCAGUUCCCUGUCCACCGAGGAGCUUCGUCAACGUGUGGAUGCAGCGGUGGCUCAGAUUGUCAACCCAGCUCGGGUGAAAGAACAGUUGGUGGAGCAGCUGAAAACCCAGAUCCGGGACCUGGAGAUGUUCAUCAGCUUCAUCCAAGAUGAGGUGGGAAGCCCCUUGCAGACAGGUGGACACUGUGAGUGCAGAGCCGGCGGGAAGGCAGGACUCGGCUCCACCAGAGCGGGCUCACUGCCCCAAGGACCCGGCAAAGCAAAGGCAGAAGACGCCAAGAGAGUCCGGGAGACAGGGCUGCACCUGAUGCGGCGUGCGCUGGCUGUGCUCCAGAUCUUCGCUGUUAGCCAGUUGGGCUGUGCCACAGGCCAGAUCCCUCAAACCUUGUGGCAGAGGGGCCAGGCAGACAGAGACUACUCCCCCUUGCUGAAAAGACUGGAAGUGUCAGUAGACAGAGUAAAGCAGCUGGCCUUGAGACACCAGCCACAUGACCAUGUCAUCACGUCCGCCAACCUCCAAGACCUCUCUCUGGGAGGCAAGGACGAGCUGACCAUGGCUGUGCGGAAGGAGCUGACAGUGGCUGUGAGGGACCUGCUGGCCCAUGGACUACACGCCUCCUCCUCCGGGAUGAGCCUCGUCAUGGCUCCCAUUGCUUGCUUGUUGCCAGCUUUCUCCUCAGCUCCUGAGGCCAUGCACCCCUGGGAGCUCUUUGUAAAGUACUAUCAUGCCAAGAAUGGCCGUGCGUAUGUGGAAUCCCCAGCCCGGAAGCUCUCACAGUCCUUCGCUCUGCCUAUAAUGGGUGACACUGCCGUGACCCCCAAACAGAGCCUUCUGACAGCCAUCCACCUGGUGCUGACAGAGCACGACCCUUUCAAGCGCAGCGCCGACUCGGAACUGAAGGCGUUGGUGUGCAUGGCGCUGAAUGAACAGCGCCUGGUGUCCUGGGUGAACCUCAUCUGCAAGUCAGGGUCCCUCAUCGAGCCCCAUUACCAGCCCUGGAGCUACAUGGCCCAUACGGGCUUUGAGAGUGCCCUCAACCUGCUCAGCCGCCUCAGUAGCCUCAAGUUCAGCCUUCCCGUAGACUUGGCUGUACGCCAGCUCAAGAACAUCAAAGAUGCCUUUUGAUGAGAAUGCCUAACCUUAGCCCCCACACACCUUGCUCUGAAGAGGUAGAUAUCCUAGAAUUGUAGAUUAAAAGUCAGCGAGCGGAGGAAGGGUUAGAAACAGUUUUUUAGACCCUUUUCAGGUAGUCAACUAAUGGAGGCAAAACCUAUUUUUCUCUUAGCACUUUAGAAAGAUGUGCCAGAGACACUCAUCAAAAUUAGUGUUGGGGACCAGAGAGAUGGCUCAGUGGUUAAGAGCGCUGACUGCUCUUCCCAAGGUCCUGAGUUCAAAUCCCAGCAACCACAGGGUGGCUCAUGACCAUCAGUAAUAAGAUAUAACACCCUCUUCUGGGGUGUCUGAAGACAGCUACAGUGUACACAUAGUAAAUAAUCUUUGGAGUGGAGUGAGCGGGGCUAGAGCGAGAAGAAAAAAAUAGUGUUGGGCCUGAGAGAUGGCCGCCAGGUAAAAAUGCUUGCUCGCACAUCUGUCAGUCUGAGUGGUACAAGGAGAGGACAAGCCGGGCUGUGGUGGCGCAUGCCUGUAAUCCCAGCACUUGGGAGGCAGAGGCAGGUGGAUUUCUGAGUUCGAGGCCAGCCUGGUCUACAGAGUGAAUUCCAGGACAGCUGGAGCUACACAGAGAAACCCUGUCUCGAAAACUUAAAAAAAAAAAAAAAACAGACAAAAAACACACACACAAAAAAAAAAACAAAAACAAAAAACCAAGGAGAGGACAGAGCUGCCACUAACGGCCCUCUUAACUCCACACAUGAACUGUAGCACAUGUGACUCCCUGCCCAAACACAAGUAAAUAUAAUAAAAUCUAAAACAUAAACAGUUAUCAGUCUAGAGGUGGAACCCAGCAGUAUGGUGCAUCCCCACCAUGCACUGCCAGUGUGGGGAUGUUAAAGCAGACAGGAAGCUGACCCUGGCAGCCACGGUGUCCCCGGCAAAGUCAGUUACCACACAGCUAAUGGCCAGCUCACCGUGCCACGUCUGGUUUUUAGAAAGUAUGGGUUGUGCCCACUAUUCUUUUCAUGACAGCAACUUGCUGUAUAAGAGAGUUCUAGAAGACACUGACCUUGAGGUCCCUGAUAGUCAGGGUGGGAACAGUCUUUAUCAGAAGCAGCUUUGAGAGCCCUGGGGCCAGUGUAAUUGAAGUUAUGAGUUCUGAUUCCCCUUUGUUCUGAGGGAGUUUUAAUGUGAGCCUAAGAGAAGGAAAUCUCCCUGCUGAGGUAACCCUCACACUCAGUCAGCACUCCUCUAGUUAUAAAGAAUGACAGAUUAUGUCCUGUGCUGUUUCGGGAAAGUCACCUUCUAUGCCCUCAUCCUACAGCUUGGGGGGGGGGGGGGGGCCCUGGCUCCAGGACUCUCUGAAGAUGGGCGAGCCCGCCUGCCGCCUGCACUUUGUUCCCAUGAAGUGCACAAGUUACCUUGCUUCAGCAGUGUGUCACUUGAGAUGCCUCACUGACUUCGUGUUUCCCAAGAAGGACGACAGAGUUUGGGCCUGGAAUGCAGCUGAGUGGUAGAGUGUUGCCUGGUAAUCCUUAGCACCAGCCCAGGGGAAAAAGAUAACUGUAAAAUGUCAUGAAUGAUGACAGAUCUGUGAUUGCUAAUAAAGUUUCGUAUUUUGUGUA